AGAGAUUAGUGGGUGUGUUCACAAGCUCAGAGCUACAGAUAAAGUCAUAUCCAUACUGUGUUCAGAGUUUGUUUCAUUUAGCUCUACUGUGAUCCACCAUGAAGAUGCAUGUGCUCGUUCCUCUGUGUGUUCUGUUCACCCUCACCCAACAGGUACCUUCACGUGAUAGGUGUGCAUGUGAGUUGACUAACACAGAGAAGGCUUUCCCUCAUGACAAACUCAGCACAGCGGAGGACAACGCCUCAAAAUGCAACAGUAACAUCACACCACAAAAGACUCUGGAGCUGGAAAGUCUGCUGUUGGGUUUGGAGAAACGUCUGCCCCAGCUGCAGGAAGAUGUGUCCAUGCUGGAGAAGGAAGAUGAUGGAGACCUCUAUGGAGUCAUCAGCCUGCAGGUGGUGGAGAACGAACUGCUGGAGAUUAAGCAGCUCAUCAGCAGGCUCCGCAGCACCACCCUGGAACACCAGCUUCUGACUAAUGACACCACUAAAAAAUUGGAGGACCUGAGAGUAGAGAUGCAGGAGCUUGAGACAUAUGACACCAUGCAGGUGGUGAAGAGACAACAAAACAACCUGCGUCUCAAGAAAGACCUGGACCAGUGCAGGAAUGGACAUCAGAACAUCCAGUCCACUCCACUCCCAGGGCAAGGUAACUGUCCGCAUGGUAAAUUUCUGAACGUUACCGGGCCAAGGAUGUACACAGCAGGAGAGUACCCUGGCUCCUACAAGUAUGGAGCCUGGGGUCGUGAUCCCAAACCAGAUGUUGGGAAGGAGAACUGGUAUUGGCUGGUAAUGUUGACUUCCAGUAACAAAUACUCCAACUACAUCCGUCUUUACUCAAGUCUGAGCGCGCUCAUUGUUGGGGUGAGCACACCAGGUAAUGUCCAGAUCAGCCCCUCUAAUCCAACCACCAACACCGUCCAGGGUCCAAAUACGGUGCUGUAUGGAGAGGCUUUGUACUACAACUGUUACAAUCAAGAUUCUGUUUGUCGAUUCAACCUGACCACCAAAACUGUAACCACCUUACAACUUCCAAAAGGCACCAGGUUUAACUCAAAGGGUAACUUCUGCCACCUUGAUGAAUGCUACCCAUUCACUGACCUGGACCUGGCAACAGAUGAGUCAGGUGUCUGGGUCAUCUAUACCACCACCCAGGACUUUGGCAACUUGGUGCUGUCCAAGGUGGAGGAGGGGGAACCGAUGACACUUGGCCAAACCUGGUACACCUCAGUCUACAAGCAGGCUGUGACCAACACCUUUAUGGCGUGCGGUGUGCUCUAUGCAACACGGUAUGUCAACAAAGACAUGGAGGAGAUCUUCUAUUCUUUUGACACCACGACAGGCAUGGAAAGGUUUAACAUUGGUAUCUUCAUCAACAAGAUGUCAGCCAAUAUUUAUUCCCUGAACUACAGCCCUGUGGACCAGAUGCUACAUGCCUACUGUGACUCCUACAUGGUUUCCUAUAAGGUUUUGUUUUCAUGAAAGCACAAUGCUGACAAAUCCACAAAAGCCUGCAUUUUCAUUAAUAGUGGCCAGCACAAACAAAUAAAGUCACAUCAUAAGCGUGGACAAAAAGCAUUAA